AUGCCAGCCAUAGGCGCACCCAAAGGGCACGUAGACCGCCUCCCUCCCCUAGACAACUUAUGCCCGACGUGUAGCCAACUCAACCUCUCAGCUGAGAAGUUCCUCUCAGGCCAGCCCAAGGCCAGCUCCCUCCCUGGCUUCCUCGCCCGUCCAAUCGACCCCGUCGGGCUACAGCCGCGGGAGCUUGGCUAUCUCGACGAGAUCUACCGGAGAAGAGACGAAUGUCCCUUGUGCUGGCUUCUCUUCAACGCAACGCACGCGACGAACGAAGAAGGCGCAGAUCGUUUCGAAUGGAGCCGCCCCAACGUCCGCCAGGCAAUCGGCUACGAUGGCCUCACGAGGGAUAACGGCCGCGUCCGCUGCUCCGUCGAGUGGCAGCUCGACGGCCGUUUCUUGGAACCUUCUGUAGGGCCGAGAGACAUGACGCAUGCGCCGCCGACUCGCCGCUUGAAGGUCUUUAGCCCGGACGAAAUCUUCACCGAGGCCUACAUCAUGCUGCUGGCCACGGAACCUCACACGACGUGGGACAAGACCUUCCUGGCCCGGCGAAUUUCUCCUCAACAGGCCGACGUAAGUCUUCUCCGGCGCUGGCUCGACAUAUGUAGGACACACCAUGGCAGCGGCUGUCAGCCCUCCCCGCCGGAUGAAGUCUUCUCGCUACUCGAGAACCUCAAGUUCAUCGACUUGGACGAGGAGAAAAUCGUCACCAGCACCCGUGGCGGUGUUCAAGUGACUGAAUACGCGACUCUGAGCUACGUAUGGGGUGGGACCCAACCUCUCAUUCUGACGAAGGAGAAUGUGUCCGGGUACUCUUCAAAGGGAUCCCUCGGUCCCAACACGCCAGGUCUACCAAAUACCGUCCGCGAUGCCAUGAUGCUAGUCAAAGCGUUGGGUGUAAAGUAUUUCUGGGUCGACGCUCUCUGCAUCCUUCAAGACGACACGGAGGAGAAGUUCCGCGUCGUCCCGAUGAUGGACCGCGUAUACGGACACUCGAUCCUCACAAUCUGCGCCGCCGCCGGCAGCGGCUCUCACCAUGGAAUCCCAGGAUCCCCAUCUACGCCCCGCGAGGCCCGGCAGCCGAAAGUCCGGUGCAACGGCAUCGACCUGGUGACCACCAAGACGGUCGAGGGGCUCGUCGAGAACACAAUGUGGAAUAGCAGGGCCUGGACGUUCCAGGAACGGAUGCUCUCCAAGCGGUCUAUGAUCUUUGUCGAGAAUCGCGUCUUCUUUCAGUGCCGCCACGCGACGUGGUCCGAAGAGGUCUUUUCCGAGGUGCUCACCCCGUCGUGGACCUUGGAAAUGAUACGGUCUCCUCUGAAAUCGUUUGAGAAGAACCCGGUCAGGCUGUACUUGGAGUGCGUCGAGCUCUUCAGCGGCAGGCUCAUGACGUUACAGAGCGAUCGGUUACCGGCCUUUGAGGGCAUGGCGGCCAUCCUUUCUCCCCCGCUCCGCGCCAACCUCUUUUACGGGAUGCCAGACUCCUAUUUCGACUUUGCGCUCUUGUGA